AUGGCACUAUGGGCAGAUAGGAUCACUAUUAAGAAGACUAUAGGAACAUCUCCUUUCGAGCUGGUAUAUGGGUUUAAAGUAAGGAUGCCAAUAAUCAAUCUACUGCCUAUGUACAAGUUCAUACAUGAGAACAACAUGGAAAUGUCUGAUCCAUUGGAAGAAAGAAUAGAGAUGCUUGGAAAAUUAGACGAAAGCAGAGAAGAUGCUCAUAAGAAGAACCUGAAGCUGCAACAAAAAGUAAGUACUUAUUUGACAAAAAGGACAUCAAAAAUAAAUUUUGAAAUUGAUGAUUUGGUGCUGCUUUUGAAUUCUAGAGCCCAAGAUAAAGGCAAGCAUGGAAAAUUUGAAGCCUUAUGGCUGGGGUUGUUUAUUAUUACAGUAAAGAAUCGUGAGGAUUAA